AUGACUGAAGUGGAGGAUUCACUUUGUAUUGACGUCGAGUUUAUUGAAAAGUUGAAUGCCAGAGUUAUUGAAUUGGAUGACAGUUACCACCGGUUUAAACGAAAGAUCCUGGAAGGUCAUAACGAAAUGAUCGAGUGUGUUUCCUAUCUCCAACAGAAAUUUGAAGACCAACAAGGAAUCUUAGUUUCCCAACAGGAUAUGUUGGCAUCACAACAGGAGAUGUUGGAAUCAUUACAAAUGACGUUGAAUACCGUUGCCCAGGAAUUACUGGCUCGCGACAAGGAACAGACUAGGGUCCAAUACCAAAGGAUUCGAACCCUGAUACCUUGUCGGCGACGGCGUUCAAUGGAUGGGCCUGUCGACCUUACUCCAUAUUUACCAUCAAAAAUACCUCGUCCCUCACGAUGCAGAUAA